AUGCUAAACGCCUCUGUAUCCGCGAGCACGGCCAACGAUGGCGAACCCAUUCUACACAGCGAGGUCGGCCGUCAAAAUAACGAGAGCUUGCUAUGGGGGCCCUACCGACCCAAUCUCUACUUCGGGGUGCGCCCCAGGAUACCCAAGAGCUUGAUGACGGGAUUGAUGUGGGGCAAGAUCGAGACAUACACCGACUUCCAGAAUACGGUACGGUACACCUGCGAACAAAAUGAGGGCAUGAAAGGUUAUGGCUGGGAAGAGUACGACCCUAGGCGGGGCGGCAUCCAGACCAUUCACGAUAUCCAGAACGGCCUCGACCUUACCACCUCCUUCGUCAAGGUUCCUGGCGGCUCACAUGGCGGCAGCUGGGCGGCGCGGAUCAAGGGCGUGCUCAACGACGAUGCCCCCAAGGACCAGAAGACGAUCGUGGCCUUCUACGUCACCCAAGAGGGCGCAGACUCUGAGCUUCAAACUCUGGAAGGCAACGAUGAGAAGGGUUACGACGGCGAUGUCACCCUCAAAGGGCGGUCAGAAUCGCUGGGGAACUACAAACUUGUUGUUACAAAAGGCGAGGGGGUCCAGCCUAAGAGCGACCACGACAUCUCGAACAUCCGAGGACCCGGCCAGACCGUCGUCCAGUCGCUGACCUACCCGGAGGAGCAGAUCUGGCAGGCGAAGCCGAUUCUGUUUAGGCAGCUCAAGGAGGGCAUCGAUUGGUUGGUCGAGAACAAAUACGAUGUGCAGGACCCCCCACCGCCGUGGCAGGUGUACCUGCUCACCAACCGACCCGGCAGUGGAAACGUUCACAUCGUGCAGAAAGUCUUCGAGGGCGACUUUGAGUUCGACGUCAUCUUCUCGAGCGAGUCGGCCGGAAAGGAGCUCACGAGUGCCGACCUGUCGCGGGAAAUCAAGGAGACCACCGAGUCGUUCGGCGAGCGCUUCUCGGGCGUCUUCACCCCGAAGGCGCCGUUUAAUGCGGACAAGUUUAAGAAGUUUGGCCGCAGCAUGUUUUCGAACCUGAUUGGAGGCAUCGGAUAUUUCUACGGCGAAUCCGUAGUGGACCGUUCCCACGCGCCCGAAUAUGACGAGGAGAACGAAGGCUUCUGGGAGGAAACGGCCGAGGCGCGUGCCCGCAACCAACAGGCGCUAGAGGGCCCAUAUGAACUUUUCACCAGCAUUCCCUCCCGGCCCUUCUUCCCCCGCGGCUUCCUAUGGGACGAGGGCUUCCACCUGCUCCCCAUCGCUGACUGGGAUAUUGAUCUCACGCUGGAGAUUGUCAAGAGCUGGUUCAACCUAAUGGACGAAGACGGCUGGAUUGGCCGCGAGCAGAUCCUCGGUGCGGAAGCGCGCAGCAAGGUCCCCGGCGAGUUCCAAACCCAGUACCCGCACUACGCCAACCCCCCCACCCUCUUUCUUGUCAUCGACGCCUUCGUCGAGAAAUUAGCCAAGACCAACGGCAGCCUGCCCGCGAGCAGAGAACACCUCUCGCAAGACGAGUCCCUCGCCACCGCAUCCCUCGACAACCCCGAAGUUGGUAUCAAAUACCUCCGCCGUCUCUACCCACUCCUCCAGCGCCAGUUCGACUGGUUCCGUAAGACCCAGGCCGGCGACAUCAAGUCGUACGACCGCGAGGCUUUCUCCACAAAGGAGGGCUACCGCUGGCGCGGCCGCACGACCACGCACUGCCUGACAAGUGGGCUGGACGACUACCCGCGCCCGCAGCCUCCGCACCCGGGCGAGCUACACGUUGACUUGCUGUCGUGGGUCGGCGUCAUGGCCAAAUCUCUCAUCAACAUUGGCGACACGCUGGGCUUGGCCGAGGACGUGGAUACCUACAAGCAGAUCCUAAACGCCAUCGAGCGCAACCUCGACGACCUGCACUGGUCUGAGAAGGACGGCUGCUACUGCGACGCGACAGUUGACGCGUUCGAGGAGAACCAGCUAGUCUGCCACAAGGGCUACAUCUCGCUGUUCCCGUUCCUGACGGGCCUGCUCAAGGCGGACAGCCCCAAGUUGGGGAAGCUGUUGAAGCUGGUUGGCGACGAGGACGAGCUCUGGAGCCCCCACGGCCUGCGCAGCCUGAGCAAGACGGACGAGUUCUACGGCACCGCCGAGAACUACUGGCGCAGCCCCGUCUGGAUGAACGUGAACUACCUGGCCGUCGUGCAACUUUAUAACAUCGCCACGCAAGAAGGCCCGCACCAGGAGACGGCGCGCGACCUGUACUCGCGCCUGCGCCGGAACCUGGUCGAGACGGUCUACCAGAGCUGGGAGGAGACGGGCUUCGCGUGGGAGCAGUACAACCCCGAGACGGGCAAAGGGCAGCGCACGCAGCAUUUCACUGGCUGGACCAGUCUGGUCGUCAAGAUCAUGGCUAUGGAGGAUUUGGAGGCGUCCGCUGCGGGGACUGGGGCGGGGGCGGGGGCGGAGACGGGGAGGGAUGAGUUGUAG